GUCUGCGCGAGAUGCCUUUCUCGUCAAAGCAAGCAGGCGCGUCGCCACCAAUCCACCAACCCGAUACCGUCUUCUUCCCCGCCGCCGCCACCGCCGCCUCCAUCCUCUGGCGCCGCUAGACUGACGACUCGCCGCCUCAUCUCCGUCCACGGCGCCGACACUCCCAAGUUCCUGCAAGGCAUCAUUACGAACAACGUGCGAUCUGGAUCCUCAUCCGGCUUUUACGCGGCUUUUCUCACUGCUCAAGGGAAAGUGCUGCAUGAUACCUUCGUGUACCCCACAGUUGGCAGCGCAUGGCACUCGCAGCAGCUAGGCAAUGCUCCAGAAGAUCCUGGGUUCCUAGUGGAAGUAGAUUCUGAGCAGGCUGAGGCUCUGUUCAAGCAUUUGAAGAGACAUAAGCUACGGAGUAAGUUCCAACUCAGAUUGCUCGAUGAGGACGAGCUGCAUGUCUGGAGUCUAUGGAAGGAAGAGGAGAGAUGGACAGCCCAUGGAGGACAGCAGGACAGUGCCAGUAGAGGGUUGCUUGGUCUGACUGAUGCAAGAGCCCCCGGGAUGGGACAAAGAGUAUUGGUACCACAUGGCAGGACAAGCGAGGUGUUGCAAGAUGUCGAAGAAGCCAGUCUGGAAGCAUACACGAUACGGAGAUAUCUGAGAGGUGUACCAGAGGGACAAAAAGAGAUGCCGAGGGACGAAGUUUUGCCCAUGAAUUGCAAUGUGGAUAUUAUGGGCGGGAUCGAUUUCAAGAAGGGCUGUUAUCUUGGCCAGGAACUGACGAUUCGGACACAUCAUACUGGAGUGGUGAGGAGGAGAAUCUUACCAAUUGCGUUGUAUGAGCGAGGCGGUGCAGAAGCGGUGCCAGCGUCACUCGAGUACGACGCUUCUUUGCUGCCAAUAGGAUCUACAAAUAUGGCUGGAUUGGACAUCAAGAAAGAUGAUAGCAGGAAAAGAAGCACGGGGAAGAUCAUUGCUAGUGUUGGGAACGUCGGAUUGGGCAUGUGCAGGUUGGAGCAAAUGACUGAUCUCAAAGUCACCUCCGAGCCGAGUCCAUUCUCUCCAGAGGACCGGUUCCUGGCGCAAACAAUCAGCGGAGACGAA